AUGGCUUCUCACGCUACGUCAUCCAGGCAUGAAGAGGGCGAGGCAAGUGCUGCUGCUCCGGCAGCGCUACUCUCGGACCCGCCCCAACAGCCAGGCUCCGACGAUGAUGGCGGUGUGACGGGUGGCGAUGGAACCUCAGCGCCAGCCAAGGCCGAUCAAGAGUCAGCAUCCCCCGAGUCUCGCUCGUCCGUGGAGUCAGGCGAGGCCUCACCUGUUGCCGCCGCAUCAAAGGCUGUUGAGCAGCCGGGCGCACCACCGCCUCUACCCAACGAACCUCCACCGGCUUCCGAGGAUGACGGGUGGGACUAUCACUGGGAUGAAGCAAAUCAGGCCUACUACUUUCACAACCGCAUCACAGGGGAGAGUACAUGGGAGAACCCACGACUGCGUAGUACGCCAGCAGUAGCAGCAGCAGCAGUAGUAACGUCUUCAUUGAGUGCUGCACCUGGUACUAUUGAGCCGCCCAAGAACGAGAGACCGCCUGCCGGUGGUUACAAUCCUGCAAUACAUGGCGAUUACGACCCCAACGCCUGGUACGCUAAGGGCCACGAAGAGGAGAAUACGGCCACCCAGACGCAGCCCGUAGACCCUGCGGCUGCGUAUGCUGCCAUCGGAUCUUUCAACCGCUUCACUGGCCGCUGGCAAGGUGAGAGCCAGAACCCAGACCAGCACAACGAUGAGAACAAGUCGCGGCGGCAGAUGAAUGCGUACUUCGAUGUAGAUGCGGCAGCCAACUCACACAACGGACGCAGUCUGAAAGCCGAGCGGUCGGGGAAGAAGCCUAGCAAGACCGAGCUGAAGCAGUUCAAGGAGAAGAGGCGGGCUAAGAAAGAGGAGAAACGCAGGGCAUGGCUCCUGGAUUAA